UUGUUUAUCUCUUUGCAGUUAUGUGGCUGCGGGCUGCUCGGUGUGGGCAUCUGGUUGUCAGUGUCGCAAGGAAACUUCGCCACAUUUUCUCCUAGCUUUCCAUCACUUUCAGCUGCCAACCUAGUGAUUGCCAUUGGCACAAUCAUCAUGGUGACCGGCUUUCUGGGCUGCCUAGGUGCUAUCAAGGAAAACAAGUGCCUCCUGUUGAGUUUUUUCAUCGUUUUGCUGAUAAUUCUUCUGGCAGAGCUGAUACUACUCAUUUUGUUCUUUGUUUAUAUGGACAAGGUCAGUGAAAGUGCAAAGAAGGAUUUGAAGGAAGGUAUGAAGCUAUACAAUUCAGAAAAUAAUGUUGGACUGAAAAAUGCAUGGAAUAUCAUUCAAGCAGAGAUGAAAUGCUGUGGUGUGAAUGACUUUACGGAUUGGUACGCAGUGCUAGGAGAAAACACUGUCCCAGACCGAUGUUGUACAGAAAACUCCCAAGACUGUGGAAGGAACUCCACCGAAUUAGUGUGGAAAACGGGAUGUUAUGAGAGAGUUAUGACCUGGUUUGAUGAGAAUAAGCAUGUCCUUGGUUCGAUUGGGAUGUGCAUCCUCAUACUGCAGAUUCUCGGCAUGGCCUUCUCCAUGACACUCUUCCAGCAGAUUCACAGGACUGGCAAAAAAUAUGAUGCCUGAAGCUUCUGAAACAUUAUCACAUCAACCCUCUGUCUCAUCAUAAUAAUGAACUCAUGUCUCAUCAUAAGAAUGACCUCAAAGAGCAUCAAGCCUAGCCCUGCUGAGGGAAUCUGUCCCAUUGACUGAUCUACUUUGUUGUUACUUCUCCAGUUAUUAUCAUCACAACUUGUUAUUUGACUCAUUUUUUGUCUGUUUCACAUUUGCCAUUUAUUUGCCAAAGAGAGGGGAAACUCCCCAAACAAAUGGAUUUUCUAGAUGAAGUCCUAGAUCUGCUAUAAGAAUGUUUCUUAACUUAAGAAAAUGUUUUGCUCUACUAAUUCAUGCUAUUUGUGCAAAAAUGAUGUGUGUUCAACUUCAAGGGAGAAUUCUUCAAAGUCUUCCACUAAGUUUUCAACCCUC